AAUCCCACCAAUUUUCACCAGCCAUCCUACUCUUAAUUCGUUUCUUUUUGUCUUCUUUUCGCCUGAAGAAUCAACUCAAUUUCCGAUACAAAUAUAAUUGUUUCCAGUGUCCGACUUCGCUCCCGUGUCUAUGUGACUGGCCUUCCGCCCCUCCAUCCCGCCCCGCCAGAGGUCAGGCUCAUUCUGCGUUGUCGGCUCUCUCCAGCGCUCCACUUUAACCAACCCUGAGCUGCUGUGGGGGAGAAACUGUUCUGUGUCGGUUUCGAUUUUGUUUCUAAUUGGCGUCCAUCGAAUCCGAUUUAAGUGUACCAGGGCCCCGCGACGCAUCAUUUGACAAUUUGAAUUUUCUCCCAUUCGGUUUUCCUCAAAUAUUUCAUACGGUCGGAGUUCACCCCCGAGAACCACUCAAAAUCCAUCACGUCACGUUGUUCUCCCCGACCCUGCCGAACCGCUGCUGUCCGUUGGGAUGGCCGCCGCUUUCGACGACGAAGACCUUUCGGUCCCCCUUCCAUCAUACGACCGCGAUCGCCGUCGUGAACGUGCUCCUGGAACGACUCCUCCCAAUUCGAAUUUCGCUGGUAUGACAAUGCCCCCGCCAUCACGGCCGCUCGGAAGGGGCGGUGAUCCGUCAAUGCAGUCCCCUGCGACCACGAGGGACAUGCAGCGCCUCGAUCAGUAUCAAACCGUGAAGGUUCUAGGCGAGGGUUCUUUUGGUAAAGUCAAGUUGGCUAUUCACCAACCUAGCGGUCGUCAGGUCGCUCUGAAGAUUAUAUCUCGUCGCAAGCUGCUGUCGAGGGACAUGGUUGGGCGUGUUGAACGUGAAAUCCAGUACCUUCAAUUGUUGCGGCAUCCGCACAUUAUCAAGCUAUACACCGUCAUUGCAACUAAAACCGACAUUGUCAUGGUCCUAGAAUAUGCGGAACGUGAACUUUUCGAUUACCUGGUGAAGAGGGGCAGAUGCAAUGACGCCGAAGCUCGCAAGUUCUUCCAGCAGAUAAUUUGUGCUGUGGAAUACUGCCACCGCCAUAAGAUCGUUCACCGGGAUCUGAAGCCUGAGAACUUGCUCAUUGAUAGUGAAAAAAACGUCAAAAUCGCUGAUUUCGGGUUGAGCAACAUUAUGACAGAUGGGAACUUCCUCAAGACUAGCUGUGGUAGCCCGAACUAUGCAGCACCUGAAGUCAUUUCCGGGAAGCUUUACGCGGGGCCUGAGGUGGAUGUCUGGAGCUGUGGAGUCAUUCUCUACGUGCUUUUAGUGGGACGACUUCCAUUCGACGAUGACUAUAUUCCGGCCCUUUUCAAGAAAAUUGCCGCUGGCAAUUUCCAUAUGCCUCCUUAUAUAUCUUCCGGAGCCGCCCGGUUAAUUAGGUCAAUGCUGCAGGUGCACCCAGUUCAUAGACUUACAAUUCCUGAAAUUCGCCAGGACCCAUGGUUCCAAAAGGAUCUUCCGAAAUAUCUUCAGCCACCGCCUGAGGAAUUUAUUGCAACAGGCGUGGAUCCUAACAAGGCCAUCGAUCCACGCAAAAUUGCGCCCGGGAAGCCGAUAUCAGUACAACACAAAAUUCACCAGGUUGCCAUCGCCAAGUUGGAACGAAAUAUGGGAUAUGGCCGUGAGGAUAUUGAGGACGCCCUGAAAAAUCCUGAACCCAGUGCAAUCAAAGAUGCCUUCUUUAUCAUCGUAGAAAAUGAGAUGAUGCAAACUAACUCGCCUACUGAUGAGAAUUUGAUGCCCUCUGCACCCCUGCCACCUUCGGAUCGGACAUCACGCUCGUCGGCAGCAGCUGGCCGGACUACUGCUCACUCACAAGGAGCUCCGGCCGGGCCACCUACCAGAACUCGAAGUGGUUCACAGCGCCAGCCGUUCCAAUUACAUCAGCCAAGUGAUUCGGAUGACCUGGAAACGUCACGCGUAAGCCAUGUUAGGAUUUUGCCAACUAGUUUACCUUACGUCCAUGACCAAUUGAUGGAGCAACGUGAGCGGGAACAGAGAGCUCGCGCUGCAGACCGUCUGGCGGAAGAGCAAGCUCGGUCAGGCUUGGAUGCCCAUGAAGAUCCACAUCGGUCUGGCUUUGAUGGGCGGUCUUUAGAUGAACAGGAGGCAACAGCCAAGGCCCUGAAGCCUCAUUCUCGCAGCAUCGUCGAUCUAGACAAGUUGCGUCUCGAACCACCCGAAGUUCGUAAUGCCCCGCACCAACCCAAGAAAACUCGGAAAUGGCAAUUUGGGAUCCGGUCUCGUAACCAACCAUACGAGGCAAUGCUUUAUCUCUAUAAAGCUAUUGCAGCGCAGAGAGGACGAUGGGAAAUCCUUCCAGCCGAGUCAGGUACUCAAAUAGGUUCUCAGUCUCCAGAUGAACCUAAACCGCUCCAAAGCAAGUAUCCGGAUCUACCUUCGGACUACUAUAUUCCAAAAGACCCAUGGUUCAUACGGGCCCGUCUCUUGAAAGAAGGCGUCAAAGCACCUGGCUCGUCUGGCAGCGUGCAUAGCAGCAGGAGUGAUAUCAGCGAACUUCGUAGGAGGUUCAAUUUGACCGGUGGGCCAUCCUCAGUGGAUGAGAAAAGCCACAGUCCCAAUGAACAUUGGAGCACAUCAGGCCCUUCUUCAGCUUCGCAGCAUCAUUCAAUUCCGCGUGUUGCUUACGGUGUCUGGGUCUUCGUCGAUAUCCAGCUGUAUCAACUGGAGGAAAAUAACUACAUGGUGGACUUCAAGUGUGAUGGAUACCAGAACGUGAUUCGCGCGGAGAGCGAUACCGAAUGGCAUCCUAUUAGCAAAAGAUUCCGGAACAAGGAAAAAGAGAUAACUAGCCCUUAUCCGUUCCUUGAUGUUGCCUCUGAUCUCGUGGCACAAUUAGCGGUGGCAAGCUAGAUUGCUGGUGGUCCUGAUAUUCAUUCAUCGGCGUACUCGGGGAAAUCGGUGCAUCUGGCGCGGCGUUCUGGUUCUUUAGUUAUUCUACUUUCCUGCCUUUGCU